AUUUCGCUGCAACAUUCGUUGAAACUAAUUCAAAACAAAUUAAACAUCUAUCGCGCUCAACUCCCUCCUUCUCCCUUAACUUUCCCUGCGUCGUCCCCUCAAAAAAAAAAACUGUCCCUUCAUCGUCAAUCUAGCUUCUUCAUCGGUGGUUCUGGCCUACUCGCCAGUCGCCACCUAUUAGCUUGCUCAGCCGUUGGUUCCAAGGAAAUACUUAGCUUGCUCGCGCCGGUGGUUUCAAGAAAGAAAGUUGCUCGCGUCCUAUUUUCCGUCAACCUCUUCGCCGCGGCUAGUAAUCUUCCAUGUCCCCUCUUUUAGGUUUGCUCAAUUCGUUUAUCUGAUUUUCGUUUUAAGAAUCAGGGUUUGGUCAAUUCGUUUUCAGGGUUCUGUGCGUUUGUUCAAUUCUUUUUUAGGGUUUGUUCAAUUCGUUUUUUCAAUUCGUUUUUAGGGUUCAAUUCGUUUGUUCAAUUCGUUUUUAGGGUUUGUUCAAUUUGUUUGUUCAAUUUGUUUUUAGGGUUUUAGAUUGGGAAGGAACAGACGCAUCAUGACUUUACAGGAGACUGUUUGAAUUUAUAUGAUGGGUUUUGGACCUUUUGGUUCUGUCGUUUAUGUUAGAAAAUUUUAGUGCAGUUACUUUACCUUCAUUACUGUUGAAAAACUAUGCGAAUCACUGGAGUCAGACAAUAGUACAGGUACCUGAUUUUCUCCCUUUAUGUGUGUUCUUGUUAACCACUGAUCUUAUCCACUAUGGUCUGUUAAAUUUCAAUGUAGUUUUCAAACACUUUACCUAAUUUAUUCUAGGUGAUAAUGUUGUGAUUAAAGGUGGAGAUGAUUCAAAGGCAAGCUUAGAGUGCUCGAUAAAGAAGAUCCACUUCAUCUUAUCUAAUAUUCCUCCUCUAGGAAACGUUGAUGAGAAAGCUGCUAUUGAGAUGUGGAGUGCAGUCCUAGCGCUGCAGACUUGGGGGAGACUUUAUGCUCCCUGAACUUUGCUAGUCGAGUCAAGGGAAUCAAAUAUGGUCCAGCUCGCAAGCAGGCAGAUUUUUCUGAGCUUCUCAAGUGCUAAGAAAUCAAAGCAUGAUGAAAAAGAAGCAAAGAAACUGCAGGACAAUGUACAAUCUUUGCAGCUAAGACUUUCUGCAAGAGAGCAUAUCUACAGAAAUCUCCAAGAGAAGGGAGCAUGCGCAGGUGCAAGGCAAUUAGAGGUAACAAUUAACGGAAUUGGUGAAAGAGCAGGAAACGCGUCUCUUGAAGAGGUUGUCAUGACCAUUAAAUGCCAUGGGCAAUCAUUGGGUGGUCUUUACACUGGAAUUCAGACAGAACACAUUGUGAAGGUGGCUGAGUAUUCAGGACUGCUUAUACAGCCUCACAAGGCCAUAGUCGGAGCUAAUGCUUUUAAGCAUGAGAGUGGAAUUCACCAGGUCUAUACUUCGAGCAACGUGGCUUAUGCUAGUGAGGAAAUUGAUGUGGUUCGUGAGCAAUGGGCUAAGUUUUUUACCAGCAAGUAUUCAUUAUUGGUCUGAACGCGCUUGAUCGAGUUGGUUUAGAUGUUAUAGAACAGUCUUUUAUAUUAAAAUAUAUGCGUACGUUGAAAUUGGAACAUAUAUUUAAAUGUAGUAUGUGCACUUCUGCUUUUGGGAUAUUUAUAUAUAUGUAUACAAAACACCAGUUAUUGUUUUA